CAGUUUGUAGAGGAAAGUGAUAUGAAGGAACAGCUGCAAGUAAGCCACAACCUGGAUCUGAGAAGAUCAAGCACUCACUUCACUUGGAGGAAAGAGAGAAGGAAGGAAACCUAGGGCUUAGCAGGUUCCCAGGUAUCAUUGGACAGGUCAUGGCUCCACGCUUGCGGCGACGGAGGCACAAGAAAUCCCCAACAGUGGCUCCCGUGGUUGUGAUCCCUCCCACAGUUGUGACUCCUCUGCCUCUGACUCUCUUAAAACCUGGCCCUAGCAUUGACGCACAUGGCUUCUUCUCCUUGGACAGUAAUGUUCCUGGUCUGUCCCAGCUGAUCCUUCAAAAGCUGAACAUGAAAAGUUAUGAAGAAUACAAGUUGGUGAUAGAUGGGGGUAUCCCUGUAUCAGGCUUUGGAUUUCAAUGUCCUCAAGAAAUGUUCCAGAGGAUGGAGGACACAUUCCGAUUCUGUGCUCACUGUAGAGCACUCCCUAGUGACCUUUCAGACUCCAAAGUUCUUCGGCACUGUAAGAGGUGCAGAAAUGUCUAUUACUGUGGCCCAGAGUGCCAGAGGUCAGAUUGGCCAGUACACAGGAAGGUUUGUCAAGAGCUUCGUCUUGUGGCUGUGGAUCGUCUCAUGGAAUGGCUUCUGGUCACAGGUGAUUUUGUCCUACCCUCAGGACCUUGGCCAUGGCCGGCUGAAGUUGUACAGGACUGGAAUACCUGGUUUUCUAUGAGGGGGUUGCAGAUAGAUGCUACACUGAAUGCUAUACUAGGCAGUCAUGCUAUGACCUCCUUAUGGGCCAGUGUAGGAAGGCCGAGGCCAGACCCAGAUGACUUGAAGGGCUCUUUGAGGCGACUCCUGACAGAUGUUCUGUCACGGCCUUUGACUCUGGGCCUAGGGUUUAGGGUCCUAGGGAUAGAUGUUUGGAAGACUGGAGGAAGUGCAGUGCAUGUGAUUGGUGCAUCCCACGUGGAGACAUUUCUCACUCGUUCUGGGGACUAUGAUGAGCUUGGCUAUAUGUUUUCUGGACACCUUGGCCUCCAUGUGAUCAUGGUGGGUGUAGAUGUGUCUGCUGACUUUUUACACAGCACUUCAGCUUCACCUCUGGAACCUGGCACAAUUCAGCUUAGUGGCCACAGGAGCCUCUAUCAUGACUUCUGGGAAGAGCAGAUAGAGACUGGGAAGAUAGCCUAUCCAGAUAUGGUGGUGGCAUUCCAUCCAGGUUUCCAUGCAUCCCUGAACUUGAUGGAAGCUUGGCUGCCUACCCUGCUGCUACUUCGUGACUAUAAGAUCCCUACAUUGAUUACUGUUUACAGCCAUCAGGAAUUGACAGCCUCUUUGCAGAUUUUGGUGAACCUUGAUAUACACAUCAUUGCAUAUGGUGCUAACCCUUUCACAUCCCUCAAACCUGAACAGGUCUAUUCCAACCCCAACAAGCAGCCAGUAUACUGCAGUGCCUACUACAUCAUGUUUCUUGGAAGCUCCUGCCCGCUAGAGAGACAAUUAGAAGAGAAAGUGGAUGGUGUGGCUUAAAUAGCUGAGCCAAAUCUUAACUGGACAUCCGGAAAGUAGGGAAGUUGUAAUGAAAUUACCUUGAUGAUGCCAAAUUAUUGCCAACUUUAAAACAUACUGUAUUCUAAGCCCUAUUCACUGCCUAGGUACAGAUUGUAGACUGAAUAAGAGCUCUACUACUUAUCUAACAGUUUGGGCUAGAAAAUGGAGAUGUCAAUGACUUGAAAGUCAUG